ACGCGUACAGAAUGCAAUGAAACACCGCGGAAGAAUAUUCGAACUCGGCGCGAAACUACGGAAAUUACUGCAAUCCUCGUGAGUACGAUCGUCCGUGGAAAAGUUGUUAAAUCGACAAAAAAGCCCGCGAGGAAUAAUACAAUGUCCACAGUGUGCUUUCGUGUAAUUCAAACAUAACAGUGAAGAUACCAAUUAACAUAUACACCGUCAGAACGUGCGAACGGUGAAACGAAAUUCGAUUUAAAAAUGCACACACGGCGGCUCUAAUUGAACUCUAUAAAUACAACGCGACAUUUUCAAGUUUGCCCAACGGAAGUGCGAAACCUGUGACAUUUAACCGCGCAAUAAAUUGCCGGUAUUAAUCCAAGUAAAUAUACUUACGUCGAAUCAUCGUUCUUUGUUAAUCUUCCUCCCAGAAAGAAUUACCGCUGCCUCGCUAGCAAAUAUUGUUAUAAAUUGUCACGUCUGUGAUACUUUAAUAUUACGGACAUCGAGUGACGUUCCACACUUCCUAAAUCCUUGAUUUUCGCAGGAACAGUUACGAGUGACAGUUCUGAUAAAUGUUAGAUAAUUAUGGAGGUCAUUGUUUAUCAUCGUUCAAACGAUAAACGAUCUGUAAUUUAUAUGCUAGGUACAUGCGUCCAUAAAAUUGCGUUUAAAAGUAACGAAAUCACCUACAAGAAAAGAACAUGCAUCUAAAUGAAGCUUUCGUAUAAUCUUUUUGUACUUUUGCUCGACAAGCUGUUCAGGGUGUGCAAGUUGGAAUCUGUAUGUCACAGGGUAUGUAAUUAAUAGCAAGUUGCACGUUGAUUUGUAGAGGUACGGAUUAACAAAUAGUGGGGGGACAGGCAAUCUGAUAGUGGGGACCGUGUAACUGUCAGCGAGCGGACACUUGUUCAUAACUAAUCUAUAACUUCGUUAAUGUUAUGAAUCCAAACAAACGCAGAUACACAAGAACCUGUAUUUCUGCAAAAUGUAAAAUAAAGUAUCUUAGAAAGUAACGAGAGAAAAAAGCAAAUAAAGGCUUCGAGAGAGAAAAUAAAAAGGCUUCAUCCACCAUUUUGUAUCCGUUUUUCUGUACGCAGCUGCGAGUUCAGUGGACCACGAAGAUUCGUUCGGACGGUUUCUUAGAUUACUGGGGUGUUUGGAUUCUAGAAAAUUUCUUGCCGUCGGUGAAUUUGCAUUCGGUAUGUAAGCGGUCUCGUGUUUCCUGCUAACAAGUUUCCGCGCUGAAGUUGUACGCGGAGAUCGUCGAAUCGAGAACGAUAACCAACGUGACCCAACCCCUUCAUUUCGACAGAAAACCAUUUGUCCGCUCGAGCAUAAAUACGCUGCGGAAUAAUGAGCAAACAUUUAGCGGAUCGCGAACCGUACGGUUAAAAAUUUCCGAUGGACACGAUUCAGCGAAAGAGUUGAACACCCUAGGUAGCCAUGAGCUGCAACGUUGUGAUGCCGUUGAAGAAGUACGAAGAAAUCAGUUACCGGGUAAAAUGCGUGGCUGUGGAAAACGAACGCGUGUUCGGCGACGUUUAUGUCACGCGACAAACGAGGAACCUUUUGUACUGCGCCGACGGAUAUCAGUUUCCUUCGUUGUACGACAAGAGAAAAUGUAACCUGUUCGAGAGGACCUGGCAGGGUCCGGAUUUUCUGGAAUUGAACAGGAGAAAACCGACGAGGAGAGCUAGCGCGACGCCGGUCGAAGUUACGAAGAAAUGUUUGAAAAGGUCGAAAUCGAUGAAUGACGCGAGGAAUUCGAACGUGGACGUUUGCAAUAAGGAUGUCAAAAAGGAGACUACGAUAAAAAAACCGAAGACGUAUCCCCCGCCAUUACCCAAUCCACCAGAAAAAAAGGAAAGAACGGUGUCGUUGUUAGUGGAUCAGUUAUUGCUGGAUAUCUACGGAUUGCCAGACGGUGAUAGAAGGCGAUCGGAAAGCGACUCGACAGCUUCAUCCCUGAGGAUACAUCCGCAACACCAGCAUCUGCAAAAGGCGCGUCUGCUAUGGAAAACGAACCACGAGCUUCAAAUUCUAGUGUUGAAGUUGCGCGACCACAUCAAUCAUAUUGGUGGAAUACUUAUUCGACAGCUGCGACGAAAGGAUUAUCUAGCCAUCAAACGUGAAAAACAGUGUGGCAUAAUUACGGCUCAUCUUCAAGCUCUUAGCCCAAAACGUGUCGAAGACACGAAGAUGAGAUUCAGUUUGACCCCGCAACCGGGAGAAAGCGGUUUCAUACAAUGGCUGGAUGCAAUGAAGAUGGUAGCCAGGUUGCAGGGAGGAAUUCCGCCGGAAUUUCGGAAGAAGUUAUGGCUGACGCUGGCAGAACGUCAUCUGGAACAGCGCGGCGUAGAUUGGAAGCAGGCUGAAAAGAUCUGCUUCAACGAGUGGAGCAAUCCUGACGAUGAAGAGCUCGGUAUACAAAUCGUUAAAGACUUACACAGAACAGGCUGCAGUUUAUUUUGUGGAGCGGCUGGCAGAGACAAUCAGGCAGUGCUACGUCGAGUUUUGCUCGGCUUCGCACGAUGGAACAAGUCCGUCGGCUAUUGCCAGGGCCUGAACGUGUUGGCCGCUCUCGUUCUGCAAGUUAUGGAUCGGGCAGAGUCCGCCGCUGUGAAGGUGAUGAUCUACUUGAUAGAGGGUGUGCUGCCCGAGGGUUAUUUCGCGGACAAUCUGCGGGGCCUGUCUGUCGACAUGGCGGUGUUCCGAGAUCUCCUGCGGGCAAGGCUGCCCAAGCUCUCGAAACACCUGGAGGCACUGCAGAACGACGCCAAGGACAAAGCGACAGGCAGCAGCUACGAGCCACCAUUGACGAAUGUGUUCACGAUGCAAUGGUUCCUUACCCUCUUCUGUCAUUGCUUACCUCAAGAAGCAGUGCUGCGUGUGUGGGACCUGAUAUUCCUCGAGGGUGACGAAAUACUGCUGAGAACGGCGUUGACCAUCUGGGAAGGAUUGUCCGAUCGUAUCAUGGCCGUGACAUCAGCCGAUGAAUUUUAUAGUAUAAUGGGAGUUCUCACGAGGGAGAUGCUCGAGUUCACGGACACGAAUAAUCUCAUAAAGAAUAUUGUUAGUAUGGGGCCUUUGCAUGGUGUAACGGGACUUAGAGAGAAACACAGGUACAAUAUCACUCCGUGGGCAAGAAAACUAAGCGACGACGAUGACAGCGACACAGAGGAAGAUGAAAGGCUGGCUGUGGCUGCCGCGAUGUUCAGCAUGGCGCAGCGUUUGAAGAAAGUAGAUCGUAUACCGCAAACGAUUGGGGCGCUGCAGGCAAUGGCACCCAGCAGCGAUCGAGAACGUCUCGCUUUGGAUAUUAGCACUUUGAAACAGCAGUACGCCAAGUUACAAGAACGCCAGCGACAGGCGCACAUUAUACUUUCCGCUGCAUGUGCAAGGCAGACCAUGGUACCACCUCCUACUUCUCAGGCCAUGAAUCAUCUUUUAGUGGGCAAAAGUGCGCUUGUGAGUGGGAAGAAUCGACCCUUGAGUCUACCUUCUGGUACUGCAUCGACCAAGACGAGACCUACGACUCUAAAUCAGAAUCGAAGGGACAGACAAGGCGUCACUCUUCAUUGGAAAGACACCAAGAAACUGAAACAGAAAUCUUCCAACUCCUCAGAUGUAGCAGAGGGCCACACAGCAUCAUACCAAGCCUCAGAAGAGCUGACAUCUCCAAAACGAAACAACGCUGACAGCGACAGUGACAGCACAUCCACCGAAUUAUGCGACGAGCCAGAUCGGCUGAGCGACGUCGACAGCGAGGAUCUUACGUCAGCUUCCGAGUCGUACGUUAUAGCAGCUGACGAGGAUAAAAGCAGUCGAGCGGAUGGUUCACCGGUUCACGAAAAGGUCGACCGAUUACCCGAAGAAAAGGAUGGCUCGAAUGAUGUGGAGAGUUCAAAGGACUUGGAGGCUUCGGAAGAAAGUACCAUGUCGAUCGCGAAGAUUACCGAUCAGAUCAGACGAUUGUCGGCGGAGGAUGACAAUAAUUCAAUGGUUCCUCAAAAGUUCAGCGCGCAGAGCAAAGCGUCGCCGGACGAUUCAUCGAUAGCAGUAUUGGAAACGGAGAAGCCGAUAUCUAAUUUAUCGGUGGAAUACAAUUCGGAUAGCGUUGUUAGAAAAUCGUUGGUUUUGGACGAAUACGAUUACUUGAACGUCGGUAGUAGCACGAUUAGCACGAAAGACGACGAAGUAUUGGUCCACGAGAGGCAUCGACCUAAAGAGACCACGAAGGAACUCGAUCUACCUCGAGACGAAAUCGUCACGAUCAAGAAGGAUCAAGAAGACAAAUCACCUACGUUCCCUCGACAGGACACCGCCGCGUUCUCCAGUUACGUGACAUCGUUAGACACGAAAUAUGAUAAAGUAGUUGACAAAACAACCGAUGAUCCGCAGACGGAUAACGAGAAUCGUUUCAAGACGUCUUUCGAUUUUUCUACCAGAGUUCCUCUAGAAAUAAAGUCGUACGAUGGUUCGAAGACGGGUAGUUUGAUUAGUGAUUCAACUAAAAUCGAGAGAACGCUGUACUGUAAAACGUACGUGGGUCACCUGCCCAUUUCACCGGUGACGGUCGAUCAGAAAUUAAGCAAGCUGACACCGACCAUACAUGCAACCGGUAUCAGCGGAUUGACUUCUGAACCCUCAACGAAUGCAGUGACAACGAUGGACAAGUCGUUCACCGAUAGACUCCAGACUCAAACAAAAGUUUACUCGGACUUGCUGAAGAGUCCUAAGACACCGGACAGUAACAAGUCGUUCAGCUCGGGCGAAACUAUGGGACCAGACUCGAGACCUUCCAGCUUAACGGUCAGCCCGAGGUCUCCGGUCAGGUCAGACUCUCGAGACUUCUCGAUGGACAAGUCAUUGUGUUCGUCUGUCAGUUCCGACUCGAAGACGUUGGUUCGUUCGAUAGACUCGGAUGUCACGAAGACGGACACGAAGAAGGGCUACGAGGUGUCCGGUUCGACGACCCCCAUCAGCACCGACUCGUUGAAGAACAAGUCGGAGAGCAGUCCGAAGUUGGUGGUAAGCAGUUCCAGCGAUUCGUGCAGCCCUGGUAAAAUAAAGUCUUCCGAGAGGUCGUUCAGUUCGGACCUUCAAUCGCCAAUAAGUGCCAACUCCAUAAAAUAUACCUCGAAUUUCACUAGACGGGGCCAAGACGACGUUUCGGGCUCGUCGAUGGAUCUCAGCAGUGCCACUUCGCCGUUCUAUCCGAUAUCGAAUCCGAACCAGAAGACUCCGACGUCACCGUACAGCGGAUCCAGACGAAGGUCCAGCUUAGACAGCACGGAAACCUCGCCUGAACAGAAAUCGACCAGCUCGAAGGAGUCGAACAAGUACCUGGGUUAUCAGAGCAAGUACGAUUCGUUGAAGUCGUCUGAUGUCAAAUCUUCUGAUAUCAUCGAUAGCGUGCCUAGGAAGAGCGAGAGCUUCGUGAGGUCAGAGUUUAACGCGAAGAAGGACUCUACAACGAACUUGGUCAAAGACGGUGCUGAUGAUGUCAACUUCUAUCAAUCGGGCAGCAGCGACUAUUUUCGCAAGGAUAAGGACUUUCUAGAUGACGGAGGAGAUGAUCCUCUGUCAGAGAAGGACGUGGUACCAUCCUUGCCUAAGGAGAAACUGGACAAGCAUUAUAUGAACUACCGAUACAGAGACCGGUCGAAGUUGCUGGAGAGAAGUUCCAGUAGUCUGGACAGCAGGAGGUACGCGGAUAUGAAAUCGUCUGCGUCCACGGAUGAGUUCAGUACGUCGAUGGUAAAGAAGAGAUCCAGCGACAUCUUGGAAGAUAUCAAACAUCUGGAAGCCAAGGCCAACGAAGGAUCCUCGGACAGCGGAAUGCUAACGAAGAAGAGUAGUUAUAUUUGGGAGGAUCUGAAGAGCCUGGAGGCUAGGAGGCAGGAUACUUUCAGUAACUCAGCGAGCAACUUCUCCAAAAGACGUCUGGAGAUACCGGAUAUAAACGUUACCGGUGAAGGCAGGAAAUCGUAUGUUAUUCACCCGAAAAUCAAUAUCGAUGAGAACAGUGACAGCAUAUUGAAAACCGUGGCGUGUAGCAAAGAUAACGGCGAUGCCGAUGACGGUAGAGAAUCGAAGUUAGGCGUGUGGACGAAGGUGAAACCUCGAAAGAAGAGCGACAACGGACGUAGGAACAGUGAUCGAGCUUUGAAGAUCAUUCAGGAGAAUUCCGCGAUACUUCAAAAGAUUCUCGCUUGUCAGGCGAAGAAACGUUUGCCGGACCUCGAAGAGAUAUCCAAAGAGAUCACUAUUAGCCCCAUCAAUGAGGAAAUCUCGAAGAUAUUUAGCCCGAUACUGGAGAAAAUGGGAUUGAACGAGCACGAGAUAAACGAGGAGUUAGCGAGGAUCAAUUUCAAGGAUUUCGACAAUAUGACGGCGACCAGUGUGUCGGAGUUCGACGCGAAAAUUAACGAAGAGCUGUCAAAACUUUCGCUGAUCGAUGAAACUGAACAAAUAGAUCAUUUCGACGUGGACGAGGUGAUAUCUCACGAUUACUUGGACACUAGAGAAGCUCUGAUAGAUCGCAAGAUAAACGAGGAACUGUCGAAACUGUUGGCGAAUUACGAACAGCAUUCCCCAGUCAGUAUGGUGACCCUAGACAAGGGACCGUCCAGCCAGAACGUCAGCGAAAUCGAGGGACUUGAACUAUCCAGCAUCUCCACGAACGUGUUCUCCUACAAAUCAUCCAACGAUUCCAUCGAAACCAGAAGCGACAUGGGAUCCGCGCAAGAACCAUCCAUCCCCGUUGACAAAUUUCCCACGUAUACGGAGAACGUAUUGCCGUACACGGCGGUUUCCAAAUACCGAGUAGACGAUUCGUCACCGAAGAGCGACAUAGACAUCUACAGGGAGCUAGAGAAACUCGACAAAAUCUCUUCUGCUCAAGUGUUACCCGACCCGAUCCUGGAGCUCCCUCAGAAAGAAUUCUCCUCCAUUCCAUACGUCCCUGACACGUCACCGUUCAAAGACGUGUCACCGUUAAGGUACACCGCCAAGCCGGUUCAGUACGACACGUCACCCUUGAAGACUUCUUACGAUCCCUACAAAAGCUUCGACUUCAAACCCAAACUGUCACCUAAACACACACCCAGCAAUCCGUUCGUGGCAACGACUUUUGAGAAAACCGUGAUGGACCCCGCGUACGAGUACAUCAACCACAAACCAGAAAUCUCGAUCAACACAUACGACCUGCAUUUAAAGAGUCCUAUGAUGACGAAGGAGUCGUUGGAGUUCCGAGUGAGAUACGACGAGCAACCGGUCCGAGACGUCAGCACGGAUUAUAUGUCCCUUCAAACCGACAGUAGACCCAUCAUCGGCUCGAAUAAGUCGUCUCCAUACUUCAGCAACGGCAACGGCGAACCGUUGACUCCCACCAAGUAUAUCACCAAGGAGGACAGGUGUUUGGAGAGCGGCGGCACAUCUUUCUUGGAUUCUUCGGAGAUCCUCCGUCGCAAGUACGAUCAACUGUCUCCCAAGGAGUAUUCCCACGGGAAGAGCGCGGAAUACGACAAACACGCGAGCACGUUGUCCCCCAUAGAGGCCGAAACGUACAUGGGGUCGUAUUUGGCGAACAGACACCGGGAACUCUUUCCUAGCGCCAUCAAUCACUAUGCCUCGAAACUCUCGCCCGGUUUCGAUGAAUCGAAACGUCCCGUCUCUCAUCCGGAGUUUCCGGGUAAAAUAAACGUCGGGAAAUACGCGGACAUGCCCGACAGGACUGGAUCGAGCAAUUAUAAAAAAUCUUCUCUGAGUCUGGGUAACAUAGGGCACUCGAGUAAAAAGGUGGAGGACAAUUACGAGUAUGUGAUCAGCCCGAAGUCCCAGUUCAAUCCUUUCCCUGUCAGAAACACCACCAGGAAGCCGAAGGAACUCACGUUGAAAUUGGGUCUUUAUUCACCGAAGGGCACAGAUUUGGGACAGUUGAAGAGAUCAUAGUGCAAGAAGGUAACGUUUUCGUUUCUUUGGUUUCCGUGUCGUAUCGACGAUUGCGUCGAUGAAAAUGAAUGGAUUUUCUGUACAAUUGUGCGAAGUGUGGUCGUCAGAGUGACCAUGUAAUGAAAAGUGGGCCUAAAUCGUUGUUUCUCGUUCGUGGAGUCUGAUGUUGCCAAUCGUCGAAGUUAAUGUUACCGGUCGUGUGGUGUUAUAAGUUAGAGCAUAAGUGCCGAUGAUGAAAACCUCGAAGUCUACUUUCGUCGGACGCGAGUAUCCGAGGAAAAGAAAUUUUAAAGAACGUGUAUCGUUCUUCUAGAUUUAAGGAAACGUUAUAUCGCGACGAACGCAAUUUUCACGAUUUAUCUUCCUCUCUCCUAAUCGUUAGCGACUUAAAGUCCGUUUUUCUCCGAGUCUUUAUAGUCUACGAACGUUGACUAAUUACCAGAACGUUUUCCUUUCCUUUUUUUUAUGAAUUCUGCUCGACGAGAACGCGCCCCGUCGUGAGACGAGAGAAAAAGCUUGCGGAACAGCGUGGAAAUCCUCGACUAAACGAUUUCUAACGCGAUGCCUUCAAUCUCCCUCCAAUCACGCAGGAAAUCUGGUUAUCGCGGCUCGAUCGUUCGGUAAAUUGCUGUAAGUAGCUCGGAAAUCGCACGAAGCUUCGUGAAAAAGAAACGUUGAAACGAAAUGCCUUCCAUUCCCUCAAACUCGGUUCCCAUUUGCGCGAAGCGAUCUCGCGUGCGAUCGUAAAUCGCGGGAUCGAUCGCGGAAACCGUGCUAACGCGAAAUUUCCUUCGAACACAGAUACAUUAUAUAGAAUAGUGAUAGGCAACUGUGCCCGCGAGAGAGCUUCGACGUGCAAGUGGCACCCAGAUGGUCGGUAGAUUCACCAAUUUAAAAAUUUGAAAAUUUUUAUAUUUUUACAACCCCAAUUUCUAUAUCCUUGA